AUGCUGGACUCGUUCUUCCUGCGCUCUGGGUCCGAGGAGCUGGCCAAGGCAAUCCACUCGCUUUCUGGGGCUGUCACGACUAUCUUCCUCUUCACGCGAAUCUGGGCGAGGACUAGCCUGUACAAGGGGCUUUGGUGGGAUGAUUACAUUUUGAUUGCAUCCUGGGCUCUCCUGCUAUGCGGCAACGGACUGGCUGCCGCUGCGCCGUCGUAUGGCUUCAGAGUCAUUGAAGGCACUUCGCACGGGUGGCUACUUGCCUUCUCUUCCAUCAGCCUUUUUUACAUUGCUAUGGCUUUGAGCAAGACUGCCUUUGCGGUGACCCUGAUCCGGCUCUCAAGUGGCAGGACGCGAGUGAUUCUGUGGAUUGUCGUCUUGUUGGUCUGUGCCGUAAAUAUCGCGGCGGCCGUGAUCACCUGGCUCGAUCUUUGCGAUGCGCGCGCGGAUGUUAGGGGUAUCUCUGGCUUUUGUGUCGCUAUGCAGACUGCAGUUUGGAUACAUGUGGCCAACGCCAUUGUUACUCUACUUGCCGACGCCUACCUGGCGUAUUUACCUUGGAGGGUGCUGGCCAAGAUAUACAUUCCAAGCAAAGAGAAAUGGGGUGUGGGUAUCACUAUGAGUCUCGUUGGCCUAGCAGGAAUAGUCUGCUUGGUCAGGACAGUCUUGGCAAGCCACAGCCCGAAAGCAACCGAGGAACUGGGGACUCCGGACUGGACCUAUGGGUGGGUGGCUCUCGUCGGUCUCUUCCAGGCCGAAGUCGGAAUCUACAUUGUUGCACAGGCAAUUCCCCUGCUUCGAGUUUUCUAUCUCGGCCAAACAAAUCGAUCAAGCCGGUCUUCAGGCUCAAUCCGAGAGGCCGCAACGCCUUCAUUUGUGGGAAAGAAGAUGACGACACGAGUGACCGGUGGAGAAACAAUACACGAAGCCGAUGAAAGCAUUGAGCUGGUCCAACUCCCCAGUGGCCGCAUCGUCCAAGCUAAUUCGGAGGAGGGCAAGGCGUUCAGGGCAUCUCGACCAGCACAGAGUGCCGAUGUCCCUGAGACGCAAGCGCAGCAAGCCAGCGGAUUCAAUAUGGACGACGAGGUGCACCGUGUCUGGGCUGAUAUGGGCCUCUCCAGGAGGGCUUGGUCGCAGUCACCAUCGCCGCCGCCUGCAGCUCGAGAGGUACAACACCUGGGGUGA